AUGUUGGAGGCAUCGAAUUUCUUUGCCGGGUUCGCCCUUGGAUGCCUGGUUUAUAUCGGCCUUCAAGUACUUGGCAGUGUACCUAAGCGACCUCAUCUUCCCCCGGGGCCGAAAGGCAUCCCUUUAGUAGGAAACCUGAACGAUCUUCCGCCGCCACGCGUGUUCGAAGCACAUCACUGGUUAAAACUCAAGGGCCUCUAUGGACCUAUUAGCUCUAUCACGGUAAUGGGGCAGACAAUCAUCAUCAUAAACAGCUGGAAACUUGCAUCACAGCUGCUAGAUAAACGAUCCGCGAAACAUUCCUCCAGACCCAAGAUUAUGAUGGCGGGCGAAAUGGUUGGUUGGGAGAAUUCGCUUGGUUUCUCACCAUACAACGAUCGCUUUAGAACGCAUCGGAAGAACAUGGCUCGUAUGAUCGGAUCGAAAAGGGCCGCGGCAAAGUAUGAUAAGCUGCAAGAGGCUGAAGUCGCUCACUUCCUACUGCAUGUCUUGGACGACCCAGAGAGGUUCAUGGACCAUAUCAGGAACAGAGCCCUUCAAGGAAGACAUACUCAUCAAAAUGCGGGCCAGGCCAUGGAUAAUGUCACAGCCGCCGGAGUCCCCGGUGCGUUUCUAGUUGAUAUACUGCCCCUAUUGCGAUACGUACCAUGUUGGUUUCCGGGGUGCGAACUUCAAGAGACUUGCCAAGAGAUGGUCUUCAUGCUGGACGAUUUUACUGAAAAGCCUUAUGCUUUUGUCAAGCACCAGCACGCUUCUGGUAAACAAGAUAACUCAUUUGUCUCACGGCUUCUUGAAGUGGGAGAUUCGACUGAGGAAGCGAGGUUCACGACCAAGUGGUCUGCCUUGUCAUUGUACGCUGACGGGGCUGAUACGAAGAAGGCACAAGAGGAAAUUGACUGCGUAAUCGGCAACGAAAGACUACCUAAUUGUUCAGACCGGGCAAGUCUUCCUUAUGUCAAUGCGAUAGUUAAGGAGGUUCUUCGAUGGAAUCUGGUAGUCCCUAUGGGUCUGCCUUAUAUAAGUACUGUGGAUGAUGUGUUUGAGGGCUACUUUAUUCCCAGGGACGCCUUGAUUAUGGCUAAUAUCUGGUACUUUGCCCACGACCCUGAGGUCCACCAAGAUCCAAUGCGCUUUAAGCCAGAACGGUUCUUGUCUACCGACGGCAAGCAACCUGAACAAGAUCCGCAUACGUACACUUUCGGCUUUGGGCGCCGCGUAUGCCCGGGGCGUGUCUUAGCCGACAAUGCAUUAUUCCUCAACAUUGCCCAGUCACUCGCUGUAUUGCAUAUCAGAAAAGACGAGAAUGGUGCCCAACCUGAACUCCUAUUUACUCCCGGGAUGAUCAGCCACCCCGAGCCGUUCAAGGCCGCUAUUACGCCAAGAUCGCCACAGCACGAGCAAUUAAUUCGGUCAUUGGAGCACGAGUUUCCCUGGGAAGAGAGCGACAGCCAUAUCAUAGAGAUGCAGGGCCAAGCAUCGUGA